GCGUGCUCAGACACACAGACACCCAUACACACAGACACACGGGUCCAGGGCCCUCAUAUGGACCCUGCCUUCUCCACUCCCACUGUUCAGGGCUGGCCACCAACUCCAAUUCUCCAGGUUUCAGCCCCUUUCUUAGCCUGGGAUCUGCAUAGCAUCCAGGGACCUGGGAGCCAGACCUACAGAACUUCAGCAAGUCCAACACCAGGCCUAUCAUGACGAAGGAAUAUCAAGAUCUUCAGCACCUGGACAAUGAGGAGAAUGACAAUCAUCAGCUCCGAAGAGGGUUACCUCCUUCUCAGCCUUUUUUGCAGCGGCUCUGCUCCGGACCCCGCCUCCUCCUGCUCUCCUUGAGUCUCAGCCUUCUGUUGCUGGUGGUUGUCUGUGUGAUUGGAUCCCAAAACUCCCAGCUGAAGGAGGAGUUGAAGGCCCUGAGUAAGACCUUCAGCAACUUCACAGUGAGCACUGAGGCUGAGGUCAAGGCCCUGAGCACCCAGGGAGGCAAUGUGGGAAGAAAGAUGAAGUUGCUGGAGUCCCAGCUGGAAAAACAACAGCAGGACCUGAGUGAAGAACACUCCAGCUUGCUGCUCCACGUGAAGCAGUUUGUAUCUGACUUGCGAAGCUUGAGCUGUCAGAUGGCUGUCCUCCAGGGCAAUGACUCUGUAAGGACCUGCUGCCCCAUUAACUGGGUGGAACAUGAAGGUAGUUGCUACUGGUUCUCCAGCUCUGGGAGGCCCUGGCCGGAGGCUGACAAGUACUGCGAGCUGGAGAACUCUCAUCUGGUGGUGAUCACCUCCUGGAAGGAGCAGAAAUUUGUCCAGCACCACAUGGGCCCUUUGAACACCUGGAUGGGUCUAACAGAUCAAAAUGGCCCUUGGAAAUGGGUGGAUGGGACUGACUAUGAGACAGGCUUCAAGAACUGGAGACCAGAUCAGCCAGAUGACUGGUAUGGACAUGGGCUGGGAGGAGGCGAGGACUGUGCCCACUUCACCCCUGAUGGCCGUUGGAAUGAUGACUUCUGCCAGAGGCCCUACCGCUGGGUCUGUGAGACAGAGCUGGGCAAAACCAACUAGGAGCCUUUCUCCCCCUAAUUUAUUUCCUCAAUGCCUUGAGCUGCUGAGGUCUGGGAUUGGAAAUCCUCCUAUGUGGGGGUCUGCACUGUCUUGGGGAUUUUCAUCUAGGAUGUAAGGGGAGGGGUGAGUGUACAGUGUUGUUUGGAAGGGUGGGGUGAUGGCAACCCAUGACACUUUCAGCAGUGUGAAGCUUAUUAUUGACAAUUUUUUUUUAGAGUAAAAGGAAGAGAAAUGUA